CGAAGCGAGUCCCCAGUUGUAAAGCAGCGACCGAGCAGCAGUUUUGGCUCGAAAGCGGUUGUAACAGCCCCCGGUGGCCUCUUCUAACAAGGGCGGGCUGGCGGCGGGAGAGGCUGCUGGUGCGCUUCUCUUUCUUUGCCUCCGCUUUGGCAAAGCUCUUGAAAUUGUCCAAGGGGCGCUGCGCUCCAAGUGCGCAUGGGCAGUGCCAGACAGGUGUGUUGUGUCAAGAAAGACAGGUGCAAGUUUCUCUCUCCCUCUCCCCCUCUGUUGAUCCUCAGCACAACGACUGUUGAUGAAUUUAUGGCGCUUUGUUAGGAGAUGGGUCUCGCUGAGUAAGGGAGGGCGGGAGAGAGAGAGAGAGACUUGGACUUCUGACACGCUUGGAGGAGCAUGGAAGGGGGAAAGUUGGCAUUUGUUUUCAUGAACUGGCAGGCUGAUGCCAUGCCUCUCAUCUGCCUGGUUACUUGGAGAUUUUAUGAGAUCACUUGAUGGUGCUCCCCGUGGAAACAGAAAGGUCUUCAGUUAGGGAAAGUGCUUGUGAACAGUUUGAUCCUGCACAUGUCUACUCAGGAGUAAAUCCCAAUGUUUUCAGUGGGGCUUACUUCCAGGGUCCCAGGAUUCUUGAGCUGUGCCCAGCUGACAAGCUUUUGAAGAUGGCACAAUAACAGUCCAGUGAUGCCUGACCAUGACAGCACAGCCCUCUUAAGCAGGCAAACCAAGAGAAGAAGAGUUGACAUUGGAGUGAAAAGGACGGUAGGGACAGCAUCUGCAUUUUUUGCAAAGGCGAGAGCGUCGUUUUUUAGUGCCAUGAAUCCCCAAGGUUCAGAGCAGGAUGUUGAGUAUUCAGUGGUGCAGCAUGCAGAUGGGGAGAAGUCAAAUGUGCUCCGCAAGCUGCUGAAGAGGGCGAACUCCUAUGAAGAUGCCAUGAUGCCUUUCCCAGGAGCAACCAUAAUUUCCCAGCUGUUGAAAAAUAACAUGAACAAAAAUGGUGGCACGGAGCCCAGUUUUCAAGCCAGUGGUCUCUCCAGCACAGGCUCAGAAGUGCAUCAGGAGGAUGUGUGCAGCAACUCUUCAAGAGACAGCCCCCAAGAGUGUCUUUCCCCUUUUGGCAGGCCUACCAUGAGCCAGUUUGAUAUGGAUCGGUUAUGCGACGAGCACCUGAGAGCUAAGCGUGCCCGGGUUGAGAAUAUCAUUCGGGGGAUGAGCCAUUCCCCCAGCGUGGCAUUACGGGGCAAUGAAAACGAAAGAGAGAUGGCUCCGCAGUCCGUGAGUCCCCGGGAAAGUUACCGGGAGAAUAAACGCAAGCAAAAGCUGCCUCAGCAGCAGCAGCAGAGCUUCCAGCAGCUGGUUUCGGCUAGGAAAGAGCAGAAGCGAGAGGAGCGCAGACAGCUGAAACAGCAGCUGGAGGACAUGCAGAAACAGCUGCGCCAGCUGCAGGAGAAGUUCUACCAAAUCUACGACAGCACAGAUUCUGAAAACGACGAAGACGCCGGCAACCUGUCCGAAGACAGCCUGCGCUCGGAAAUGCUGGACGGCCGGGCCAGAGAUUCCGUGGGCAGGUCAGAUCAUGAGAUGUGUGAGCUGGACCCGGGGCAAUUCAUCGACCGCGCCCGAGCCCUGAUCAGGGAGCAAGAGAUAGCAGAGAACAAGCCCAGGAAGGAAGGCCCCAAAGAGAAAGAUCACGGGCCGCACUCUUUCCACCCGGAAGGCAAGCACCUCGCCGAGACGCUCAAGCAGGAGCUGAACACUGCCAUGUCUCAGGUGGUGGACACUGUGGUCAAGGUUUUCUCAUCCAAGCCCGCCCGCCAACUUCCUCAGGUCUUCCCACCUCUCCAGAUCCCCCAGGCAAGAUUUGCUGUGAAUGGGGAGAACCACAACUUCCACACAGCCAACCAGCGCCUCCAGUGCUUUGGUGAUGUCAUCAUUCCAAACCCGCUAGACACCUUUGGCAAUGUGCCGCUGCCUAAUUCCACAGACCAAACAGAAGCACUGCCCCUAGUUGUCCGCAAGAAUUCAUCGGACCAGUCGGCCUCUGCCCCUCCUCCUGGCAGCCACCACCCAGCUCUCCACCAAUCUCCACUGGCGGCUACCGCAGGCUUCACUUCCUCCUCUUUCCGCCACCCCUUUCCGCUACCCCUUAUGGCCUACCCAUUUCAGAAUCCCUUAGGUGCUCCUUCUGCCUCCUAUCCAGGGAAAGACAGAGCUUCCCCAGAAUCCUUAGAUUUAACAAGGGAGACCACAAGUCUGAGGACCAAGAUGUCAUCGCACCACAUGAACCACCACCCUUGCUCACCAGCACACCCUCCCAGCACUGCGGAAAGCCUCUCUAUAUCUCUCAUCAAGUCCGAGUGUGGUGACCUACAAGAUAUUUCCGAAAUCUCACCUUACUCGGGGAGUGCGAUGCAGGAAGGUCUGUCUCCCAACCACUUGAAAAAGGCCAAGCUCAUGUUCUUUUAUACCCGCUACCCAAGUUCCAACAUGCUGAAAACGUACUUUUCAGAUGUAAAGCAUCAUUCAUCCAGAAGAAGCCCAAAGUGCUUUACAAACAGCCAAUAUAGGGAUCAUUCACCCACCACUGAAAGGCAGCCACUUCCGUGGUGGAAGGCAACAGCCAUUCGGGGUCAGCAACAUCACACACCAGUAGAUUUCAACAGAUGUAUUACCUCUCAGCUCAUCAAGUGGUUUAGCAAUUUCCGUGAGUUCUACUACAUUCAGAUGGAGAAGUAUGCACGCCAAGCCAUCAACGAUGGGGUAACAAGCACUGAAGAGUUGUCCAUAACCAGAGACUGUGAGCUGUACAGAGCCCUCAACAUGCACUACAAUAAGGCAAAUGACUUUGAGGUUCCAGAGAGAUUCCUGGAAGUGGCUCAGAUCACAUUACGAGAGUUUUUCAAUGCCAUUAUCGCAGGCAAAGAUGUUGAUCCUUCCUGGAAGAAGGCCAUAUACAAGGUCAUCUGUAAGCUGGACAGUGAAGUUCCUGAGAUUUUCAAAUCCCCAAACUGCCUCCAAGAGCUUCUCCAUGAGUAGAGAUUUCAACCACUAUUUAUGAAUGUAUAAAAAAUUAGCUGACCCCAUUUUGAUGCCCAUGUUGUGCAUGUGAGUGUGUGUGUGUACGUGUGUCUAUAUUAAUUUCAUAUAUAUAUAUAUAUAUAUAUAUAUAUAUAUAUAUAUAUAUAUAUAUGGAAUCAAAUAAGAAUCCACCAUGAUUAUUUUUAUUUGAUAAGUAACAAGUUGAUAUUAUUAUUUUAACUCCAAGUUAUGUUUUACUUUUGCCCAGGAUUUUUAAUAUUUGGAAGGGGAAACAAUUGGGUUACUUUUCUUUUUCAGGGAGAAGGUUGUUUUGAAGUGUGUGCAAGCCUGUUUUACUAAGUUUAGGGCAUUACAUUUUGCUACAAAGUGGCAUUUUGUCUUAGAAAGACAAAUGUCGCGUCACAAUCCUACAAUGAUGUUUUCUUUGUAUGAAGCUCGCGACUCUAGGGAGGCAUUUUACAAGCGUAGAGCUUUCUAAAUUUUAGCUCAACUGUUCAUUGAAGGUGGUAGAUUUUCUUGUGUUAUAGUUUAGAAGACAUAUAAACAACCUUUUCAGUUACUUAGACAUCAAAAGCAGUAUCUAUCCACACCAGUCUUCAAGCUUUUCUCUUACGAGAACAAAUGCCCCCAAAUCAUUUUGCCCUAUUUUCCAGUGCCCCUAGAUGCUGCUGCAAUCAUGUGCAUCUUCCGCCGUAUACCCUACUGCAAUGUUCUUCAACCUUCUGUCCCCAGAUAGUGGAAGGUCAUAGAACCAUGGAAUUGGAAGGGACUCCAGGAGUCAUCAUUGGACAACAGUUCUCAUCAGCCACAGCUAUUAGCCAAUGGUUAGGGAAGGUGGGAAUUGUAGUCCAACAACCUCUGGACACUCAAGGUUGAAGAAAACUACUCUACUGCAGUGAUUUCCCUGCCUUGCCCUUCCCUUCAGUAAGGUUGGGAAUGGAGAGGAAGAGGUUCUGUGAACCCACUGCAGGCCUGAAAAGGCUCCAUUUUGGAUUGGACCAAGAUUCCAGCAAUGUUCGGGUCCAAACAGGUUAGGGAGAUGGAGUUAGAACCCCAAAUUCCAGUGCCGGGAGUUUCACCCACUUUUGGACUUUGCUCCCACCACUGUUCACCUAAAUCUUUCCAGCACCACCACCCAACUGCAUUUCAAACAAAGCAAUACUGCACAAAAAAUAAAGUAAAUUAUGGCAAGGGGUUUUGGUGUUAUCGAACACAGCAUUCUAGGAGUGAUUUUAAAUGUCAUAAUAAUGCAGUCAGCUUAUAAAAGCAGUAGUAUUUCACUCUCUGUAGAGUAAAACAAAAACAAAACAAAAAAUCUUGCAUGGCUCUCAAUCAUAGCUGAACAUUUUUAAGUCCCAUUAUUUCACCAGUAAAUAUUGUGGUAACUCUCUCCUGUGGGAAUUGGUGUGCCUUUAAGGUUACAAUCCUAUGCACACAUACUCGGGGAGGUAUGUGCCAUGGAACCUAGAAAUAACUUCUGAAUAGUCAGGAAUGGUCCGAUGGGAAUGGUCAGGAUGGGAGCCAUCUUUAUCAAAAUAUUUCCUCUGUCCCAACCAAACCCUCGAAUGGUGUAUAUAUUUGAUAUUUCACAUUUUUACCUGAAAAGCAAUGUUUGAAAUUACCCUUUUAUCUGAGAAACCCUGUAACAUACCUUUGAUUUAUUCUAAAAAUUAAUUGCUGAAGAAGCAAAACAAAAAAAGCAAAACAAAACAAAAGAUACAUCAGAUCAAAGUACAAGAAAGCUUGUAUUUUUCUGGCUGGGGUUGAUGGGAGCUGACAUGUGGAGGGCACCACAUCAGAGAAAACUGGCACAGAGACAUUUAAGACAUUUUUUGUUUAAAGGAAUAAGCAUAGCACAAUACACAAAGAGAACACAACUCUAGCAAAAAUGGGCUAUUCCAAGAUUCAUUGAACCCAGCGGGAACUUAAGUGGUUAACAGUCCUUUCUCACUUCCUUGGAGUUGAGCAGGGCUUCAGUGCCUCUGGGUUUGUUGCCUAUAAAUCAUGCAGAAACUUUAUCCCUGUCUUUUGGGCUAGGAAAGCAGAAGCUAGCCACUUUUAUGAUUUCCUCAAUUGUAAGUGAUUCAUUAACACAGAAUAAACCUGAUCAAACCACUUCUCUUCCACAACAAAAGUAAGCGGCAAAAAAGAAAAAGAAAAAAGAGUGUAGUGCUUACCAGAAUGGGACUUACCAGUGAGCUUUUCUGUCACUUCUCGUCAAGAGAACUUUCCCUUUUACUACCACCUUGUGUUGAAGAGCCACGUGGAUUGAUGCGAGUCCUGGCUGCAGACAAAUAUGAUUUCGGCAGGUCCCAAGGCCAAACGAGACAUGAUUCUUUCCUUGUAACGCCCAGUGGAAGUGGCCGCCAUAUACAUAUUCCUGCCCCUCUGUAAUAUCUACUAUACAUCGCUGUAUGCAGGCCACAAUGUUCCAUGCUUGUCCACACCUGCAUGGGGCAGGAAGAUGCCACAAUAGCCAAUUGUGAUGAAGUUCUGCUUUAUGUUGUUGCUGUGAAGAAGUAGGCACACGGCGGCCGUUUUCGGCACCGAGUGGAUAAAAAAAAUAUGGGUCUGAAUAUAAGCCGCCCCCAAAUAUAGCCACUCCCUAUAUGGAUUUGUUAAAUCAUCUCUAGCUAUAAGAGCACAAUUGUAGACUGUAUUCAGGUUUUAUACAAGCUAGCUUUUGGGGAGGGGCAGGAGAGCGUGGCCUGUAUUCAGACCACUACAGCACUUAGCAGAUCUAGUUGGCCCUGGUUUUUGACAUUUACUGAAACAGAAUUCAUAUUUUAAAGCAGCCGCAGAUGGAAUUUCUCCACAAGGUGACCAAAAUAAGUUUACCUUAGAGUGGAAAAUUAGUAAUAGGAGUUGAAUGAAUACAACUGCAGUGAAUUGAUACAAUAAUCAGCUUUUUUCUUAAAAGCUCGCUGUUAGUUUUUAAUGCUUUCUUCAGUGGUCUCCUUUUUCUUUGGGCAUUUUUGCAAAGGUGUAGUGUCUAGUAAUGCCUCCUUAUAUUCUAUGGCACUAUGUAUUUGUCGUUUCUCUGUUGUCUUUUGUACAGAUGCAGUAAGAAUUUAUUGUUAUCUGGGCUAGCAGUUUUCCUUAUGCACCCCUUACUGGCAAUUUGAUACAGAUUUGAUACCAGUUAGCCAAGGUAUCUUAUUUAUAGCUCAGCAAUUUAAUUUUUUUUAAAAGGACCCUACCUUUUACUCCAUUUCUUGAACUUCAUUUUUUUCCUUAUUAAACAAAAAUUGUCUUUUGAGUUUGAAGAGUGAAAGUUCCAUACAACAUUAUAUAUAUUUUAAAAAGCUGACCUAGCCAUUGCAAAGAUGCUUCAUUUACAAAUACUGCUUGAAGAGACAGAAAUGGAUGAAAGUAGUUGUCAGUGAAAAGCCUUAAAAACCUGCUGAUUAAAAACAAACAAACUAGGACACCAGGACCACAAUCCAGUGACCCUCUUCCACAUGCAAUAACAGAAUUUAUCCAUGCUGAGUGCCCUUUUUCUUGGUGCAAGACUUUUGCACAAUAAUACAAGCAAAUACAUUCAGACAACAUACACUACAAGCAAAGCCCAAUGGGUCUUUUCAUAUGUAACAUCCCUGGCCCAGUAAACCAUGGUUUUUUUAAAAAAAAAAACUAGGAACAUGGCUCUCCCCUUGCAUGUCAUCCUUAGCACUUCAAUCCUGGUUUGUUUAAAAUCUAGUC